AUGUUGAAAUCAAUAAUUUUUAUAUAAAAGCAUUAACUGUUUGAUAUCGAAUAGAUGCAAAGUGCUUAAUCAAAAAGGAUUCUGACGAAAUAGAGUCCAUAAUCAAUUAAGUCCAAUAAACUUAAAUUAUCAUAUCAACAAAAGAAUGUGAAAUUGAUAAACAUUAAUGUAAAAACUAAACUUCGAUCCCGUUCUUUUCCAUAUUCAUUUAAUCUCUUUAAAUACAUCGAAACUUAAGUAUAGAAUAAGAAAUAGUCCAUUCUACACACUUAAUCCUCUUAUGGAUCAUAAAAAUACCUUCGAAAACCAAAACCUUCAAUUAUGAGUGAAAAGGACCUUGAAAAAUAAUACUAACAAUUGUCCAAAGAAUAAUUUAAAUAGAGAAGAAGAAGUUGUGAAUGUGAAUUUUGUGGACCUUUAACUAGAUUUUAGAAACAAUGCAUGAAUCAUGAAUUUAGGAUACAACAUAUAGAAAAAGAAAGAGAAUCUCCAAUGCAUAAAUUUUAAAGAUCUAUUCGCAAACAUUAAAUUUAUGUAAUGGCACCUUAUCUUUUUGCUAAAGAAAUACCUACUGAAUCAUUUGAAUCACCAAUUAUCAAAUAAAACACUAUCAAAAUUGAGAAAAAAAAUACAUAAUUACUUGAUGUUAUUAAAUAAGAAGAGGCUCUUUAAAUUAAUUCUUCCAAAAUUUUAGAUAGAACUCCAACUAAAAAACCAAGUUUUUUUGAAUCUUUUUUAGUCAAAUAAAAAGAAAUUAUCAACAGUGAAAAAAGUAAAUUAAUCAAUAAAUAGUUUUCUUCAUUAUCUUAUCAUCUUUUAUCUAGAAAUACUUAUAAAUCUAUUAAACCAUUUAAAUCCUAACUUCCUUAAAUUCAAACACAGUUAAAUAAACAAGAACUACCCCUUUUUACUGAAAGAAGUCCAUCUAAAAAAAGUGAAAAAACCAUUAAAGAACUUUACAUUAAACCAUUCAUUCAUAAAUAUUCAUCUAGAAUCAGAUUGGCCACUCUACCUGAUUUAAUUCCAAAUCAUAUCUUAUGA